GAAAUUUGACCUGAGGAAUCAACCUCACGAGCUCUGGGAGAGGAGUGGUCAGGAACGUCACGCAUCACAAAGGACAAAUCAAGGAUAAAAGUGGAGGAUGCACUUGAGUUUCUGUGAAAAUGCCGAUUGCGAGCUAGACCCCCGACAAGCGAACUUCAAGCAAGUACGUCUAUCGUUGAUUUGUCUAGUGUUCAACCAUCUGAAACUUAGCUAUUUCUAAACUGAAAUCUAUAAACCGUAAAGGGUCCAAUAAAAUUUACGCGCAAAAUAGCAUAGGAUGCCUACUUUUUAAUAAGUGUACUUUGCACGCGCAAUGUCAGCAUCCUGCAGAGACCAAACCAUUGGAGCUUGAAGUCAGAAGCAUCAUUGCAAAAAGGAGCGGAAAUCAUAUAAUCUUUGAGGAAGAGAACGUAAACUGAGACGUGAGGAAAGUACUUUGUUUUGGAGUUCAUCCCAGGGAGUUUUUUUAGGUCAAUCAACAUGAAGUGCUGGCCCUGGUAUUGGCAGAGAGGGAUAGCAGCUCUGCUAUUUAUAUCCCAAACAAUCAUCGCCAUGGUGAUCCCAAACUCCACCCACUUGGAGGCUAUUCUGGAAAAGUAUCUGGAUGAAGAUGGAGAGUGGGCGGUUCCUAAACCGAGGGGGCGGAGAGCCAUCACUGAGAGUGACAUGCACCUUAUUCUGGACCUGCAUAAUAAGCUGAGGGGUCAAGUCUAUCCACAAGCCUCAAACAUGGAGUACAUGGUGUGGGACUCAGAGCUGGAGAGGAGUGCGGAGGCCUGGGCCGACGAGUGUCGGUGGGAACACGGGCCGGCCAGCCUACUGUCACAGAUAGGACAGAACCUGGGCGCUCACUGGGGCAGAGACCGCCCGCCCACGUUCCACGUUCAGGCCUGGUACGACGAAGUCAGAGACUUCUCCUUCCCCUAUCCGCAAGAGUGUGACCCUUACUGCCCCUACCGCUGCCAUGGGCCAGUGUGCACUCACUACACUCAGUUGGUCUGGGCCACUAGCAACCGCAUUGGCUGCGCCAUCAAUGUCUGCUACAACAUGAAUGUCUGGGGGAUGAUUUGGGCCAAAGCCGUCUACCUGGUGUGCAACUACUCCCCUCCGGGCAACUGGUGGGGCCACGCCCCCUACAAGCAUGGCAGCCCCUGCUCUGCCUGCCCCCCUAGUUACGGAGGGCGCUGCAGGGACAAUCUCUGCUACAGAGACGAUGGGAUGGGGAGGCACUACCACCCCCCCGAAGCGGAAGAAACCAACUACAUCGAGCCUGAAGUGCCCAGGACCCCAGAGCCUCGACUGGGGGCACAUUCCCCAACCGCGCCUCCGAAGGACCGUGCCGAGAGGAAGGAGGUGGUCAGCACCAGGCAGAUGUCUCAACAGGUGACCUGCGAGGCGAAACUGCGCGAUAAAUGCAAAGGAACGACGUGUAACAGAUAUGAGUGCCCUGCUGGCUGCCUACAGAGCAGAAUGAAAGUAAUAGGAAGUGCAUACUAUGACAUGCAAUCCAGUAUUUGCGGAGCUGGUAUACAUGCAGGGAUUGUGGAUAAUGAAGGAGGGUGGCUGGACAUCACAAGAGUAGGAAGAAAGGAACACUUUACGAAGUCCAACAAGAACGGGGUUCAGACUCUGGGAAAAUCAGAGAGUGCAAAUUCCUUCACUGUGUCAAAAGUACCAGUGAAAGCCAUCACGUGCGAAACCACCGUUGCACAGUUGUGCCCCUUCAAAAAGCCGGUCAGGCACUGUCCAAGGCUAUACUGUCCCCGAAACUGUCUCCAGAUGACCUCCCAACACUCUAGAGUCAUCGGAACUCGAGUUUAUUCUGACAAAUCCAGCAUCUGCCGGUCAGCCAUCCAUGCAGGGGUCGUACAGAAUGACUCAGGGGGAUACUUGGAUGUCAUGCCUGUGGACAGGAGGAGACAGUACAUUUCCACUCACCAGAACGGGGUCUCCUCGGAGAGCAUACGGAAUCCUUCGGUGGGCAAAGCGUUCCGAGUCUUUGCGGUCAUUUGAACUCGAGCCGCAAGGACCCCUGCAUUGCAUGGACCCCUUGAAGAGGUGCUCAUUGUACUGCCUGCUUUUCCAUACAUUUCUGACCAUGCUGCACUGAAAUCAGGACCCAUUAUUGAUUUAAUCAUGUACAUUCAACAACGCCAGGGAAGAAACUUGACAAUUAUAGACUACAGGUCAGAAAAUAUGGGAAGUUACUCUGUUCACGGCCAUUUGCCCUUUUCCAACCAGCCAGAGCUUGUGAAAUAUUGUGAACUUUGUAAAUUUUAUGUACAUAACAUUCCAUUUUGUAAAUAAUGUUAUCUGUUUUGUUUAAUGAGCAUGUGGCCUGUGUCUGGUUUGCAAAAAAUUAUUUGCUGAAAGUCAAUAAUCUUAAUUGUACAUUUAAGCACUUAAAGAAAGGUUUCCUUCAUAGUGGCCAACCUGUCACAAAACUCUACCUGUUCAGAGAUACCUGUGUUCCUGAAAAAGUGCUUCAGCAUGUGACAGAAUUUAGGAUUUGUUUCAUAACUUUAAGAAAUGGAAGUUAUUAUAUCUUUAUUUUUAUAUGUAUUUUUAUAAGUAUUAUUCUGUACAAAUUUGCUGCUAACUCUUGUGAUGUAUUUCAGAACAGACUUCUACAGAAUCUGUUACUUUAAAAGCCUGGCAGGCCAGGAACUACAGUUCUACAGGAAAGUUAUUCAGAGGGAGCAUUAAUAAAGCGCACACCUUCACCAUCGGACAGUAGUAAAAUGAUCUGUAUGAGCAUUAGUCAUCAUAUAAUAAUGGAAAUUAUAAUUUAUCAUAUUAGUGGAAAAUGUUAUUUUAAAUUAAAAAUGUAUUGUGCUUGAAACUGGAAAAUGUAUUCAUUCACCUUGUAGGCUUCUGCUGUUUCAUAAAAUAUCAGGAGAAAUCUGUUUCCCUUUGGUCUCUGCAAUUAGUCACAUGUACUAUGGACAGUACUACCUCACUUGAUUAGAAAAGCUUUGUUUCAUAUGCAAUAAAGUUUCUUUUAAAAACA